AGAAGAAGAAAAGUGGAGAACAUAACCCCAUUUUUUUUUAAAAUCAUGUAAUAAAAGUGUUUUAAGGAAAUGCUAUGGCCGAGAGCGCGGCGAAUUUUACUCGAACGUUCCAAUCGAAACCAUCCGUGUUUGAAAUCGCAGCGCAGAAAUCCCUGAGCGAAACUUUGCACCCGGGUCUGCGACGCGUAGCGCUCUUCUUGUCUACCAAUUUUCCGAGGAAAUUCCGUUUUUUAAACGACUACUUCGACGAAACUUUUUUCGCGUUGCACGGACUCCUCGAACUAUACUAUCUAAGGUAUUACGAUGCAUCGUUUUCUGAAAAUUUUUAUGGACUGAAGCGGGUCGCAUCGAACGGAUCUGAACUGACUAAGCACGACCGCGAAAUCUCGCUUAUAGUCCUCGUCGCUUUACCAUAUUUCAAGAGGAAAAUUGACGAGAAAAUUCAGCUAUACAAAAUCGAGAACGCGGAAGGAUCGCUUCGAAAAGUUACGCUGAGAACGACGCGACAUAUAGCCUGUAACACGUUUUUCUUUCAGGACUUAGAAGGUAGGCUCAAAAAAAUAGCGCUCUAUUCCUACUCAGCGUUAGAAGUCAUACGAGGCUUCGCAACAGUAAAUAACUAUCUGAGGUACAUGUCCAACAAAACAGAGUCGCAACUACUGAUUCUGAAGGUUCUAAAGUUAAAGCUUGCGUAUUCUUACGAACCCCCGUCACCCAGUUUUUGGGGCGCCUUCUUUCGGGGACAACUGUGGAGUUCCGAUCUAAGCUGGAAUGUGAUACGUAAUGGGGUGACGUCAGUGUUUGAGCUGGCCGCAUUUUUCUUACAGUUCUUAAAUACGUGGAAUGCCCACCAUCCAAAUUACAACUGGACCGAUUUGCCCAAAGUUGAAGCCCCGCCGGCGCACGUCAAGGCAGGAGCUUACAGGGAUCGGUGCCCCAUAUGCCUGGGUAAGUGGCUCAACCCGACGGUGCUCCCGAUUUCGGGCUAUGUCUUCUGCUUCCGUUGCAUAAUCAGACAUCUGAACGAAACACCCGAGUGUCCGGUGACACGAUUCCCUGCCAGGCCCCUGGACGUCGCCAGGCUCUACCCUAACGAUUGAAAUAAAACUACGCGGCACCUCCAUCAACUCGUUUUUAUUAUUUACCCACCAUUUAGAAAAAGAAAACAUGCAGAGGAAAGUAAUCGGUCUGGGGUGGUGACGCGAAAAAUAAAAUUCAAACGAAAAAAAAAAA